CUUGUUUUGGUCUAUUUCAUUUCACGAGGUAACUCGUUGGCUAAAUAUUUCUCGAUUUCUACAGGAACACUCGACAGAGUAGAAAUGGCAGAAUCCGACUGGGACUCAGUAACUUACUUGCGAAAGAAAACACCUAGAGCGGCAGAACUGAAAUCUAAACAGGCUGUUGCACAAGCACAAAGACAUGGUGGCCAGGUGGAAACAUCACAAAAAUUUGGUGCUGCUUCAAACAAGCAGCAUUCAGCAAACAAGGAUUCUGCUAAACUGGACAGAGAAACAGAGGAGCUACAUCGUAAGUUCUUCUUUGGAAAUCACAUGUACUAGGUAGUCUGGCAAAUAG